AUGUACUGCUCAAUCGAGUGCGCGCAUAAGCACUUUCACGAAGAGCCUCUCAAGACCACUAAGCCCGUCAUUCCCUGCGACGUUUGCGCCAGUGACAAAGAACUGACAUCGUUCAUCCACAUCAGCUACCCAGAGGCGUACGAUGAGCGGGGGGAGACCCGAACAAACCUCCCGAUACCCAGCGACUGCGUUUUUUCGAUCAUGCCAGAGCGAAGGAACUUCGAGUCGGGUGUUUGCGUUGACUGCAUCGCCACUUUUCUAGAGACGCAGUUCCGGGCCCGCGGUGCGAGGGGAAUCACCUGCGUCUCAGACAUCUGCUAUUGGCACGAUCCGGACGGCAUAAACUCGUGGCUAGACUACGCUCUAGCGUUCUUGCCGGAGGUGUUGCACGCAAACUUUCAGCAGCAGAUGCUCGAGCUGUGGCUGUCGCGCAUGACGCGGUGGGUGUGUCCCGGGAGCUGUCAGAGCGCCGACUACAUCGUGGAACCUGCGAACACCGCGGGAUAUCCACAAGUCUACUGCGAGUCGUGCGAGCAGCGCUUCUGUGCUAUAUGUAGGGUUCCGUGGCAUGCUGGCGUUACUUGUCAACAGUAUCACGCAGAUCACCCUGAGCUGAGGGAUGAGGACGAGGUGCAAGUUCUGACAGACAUGGCAAAGGCUGGUGCAAGGCGGUGUCCAUGCUGCCAGUCUGUCAUCAUCAAAGACGGUGGGUGCAGCUACAUGGUUUGCGAAGCAUGUGGAUUCGAGUUUCAUUGGGGAAAGGCUGAGAAGAUUGGUCCGACUGUCGGGGGAGAAGACGACUUCAGUGCAGCAUUGCAAGGCGGUGGCGAUCCUGCGGAGUCUGAAGAAGAUGAUGACGGGUACUACGAACCUCCUGCGGUAUGCGAGAUGGACCGCAUAGUUUAA